AUGAUACCGCAAGAUUCGCUUGGCCAGCUUGUCUGCGGAGGCUUUCAAGGCACCACUGUUACCUCCCAGGCAUAUCAACUCAUCGUCAAGUACAAAAUUUCAACAAUGAUACUUCUGAGGAAGAAUGCCCAGCUGGUGGAGCAAAUGUCCAAGCUCAUCAGAGACUUGCAAUACAUCGCCUACAAGCACGCAGGAUAUAAGUACCCUUUGCUUUUUGCUGUGGAUAUGGAGGGUGGUAUGCUCAAUUCGUUGUUCGAUUCGCAAAACUUAACCCAAUUUCCGGGCGCCAUGGCUCUAGCUGCCACUGGAGACCCCCAGUUGGCUUAUGAGGUUUCAAAAGCUUUGGCCGAAGAGCUCCGGUUUAUUGGCUUUUCCAUCAUACUCGGUCCGGUUCUUGAUGUAAUCACAAAGCUUUCUCAUCAGCUCGUACUGGUCCGAUCAUUUGGUACGACGAUUGAUGAGGUAACCAAAUAUGGCAAGGCUUGUGCCAAGGGGCUCAAAGAUGGUGGCCUUAUCACUGUUGGCAAACACUUUCCAGGUAUUGGUAAUGCCUCUGUGGACUCUUUAUUGGAAGUACCCAUGAUGGCAGACUCGCUUGAACAAAUAAGACGCUUCAACUCUGUGCCAUUUGCAGAACUUAUACAUGAGGGCUUAAUAGACGGAAUCUCCGCUGCUGGCUGUGGAGUUCCUACCAUUUCUCCAGACGAAACACACGCUUGUCUUCUGCCUGUUCUCAUAAACCAAUUAUUAAGACAAGAAAUCGGCUUUGAGGGCUUCGUGAUAAGUGAAUGCUUGGAAAUGGACGCCUUGUACCAUUCAAUUGGUUUGGGACAGGGAGUGAUGUUGGCCAUCUGUGCUGGCUGUGACUUGGUUAUGGUGUGCCAUGACUUUGAACUACAAAUUGAGGCAAUCGAAUCCAUCUCAAUCGCUCUUAACAACGGAACAUUGGAGGAACAUAUGCUUACGCCAUCUUUGGGGCGGAUUGAAAACAUACAAAAAAGACUCCCGCAAUGGAGCAAGAUCUUCCCUGACGAUAAUCCAAUUGACACUAACCUAUACAGACUUGCGCACCCAGGUGCCUGGAAACAACACAAGGCAUUGUCUGAGUAUGCUUACAGACGUUCGAUCACACUUAUAAGGGACUACGAGGGCGUCCUACCGUUGACGCAGUAUCUCGGCGACAAGGGGGAGAAAAACAAUAUCUUGAUCCUUACACCCUUGUUAAACCCAAUAUAUCCGCAGCUGGAGGAGCCCUCCAGAAAAAACUUGUAUCCUGGUGAAGCUGUGUUUCUGAAGUUUGGCGAGUAUCUCUCAGAAUUCUCAAAUUCAGAAAACUUUAAUGUGCUUCAUACGACAUAUACAGCAAAUGGGCUCACUGCGCUACACGAGUCACUCAUUGAACAUUCCAAGGCCGUAAUUGUUUUCACUUCAGAGGCCUCAAGGAACAUGUAUCAGAUUGGCAUAGUGAAAUAUGUAUCGAUACUAUGUGGUGCAUCACCACUGUCGCUUUCGCAACAAUCAGGCCAAUCACACCUUUCAAAGCCCUUGAUUAUCGUGGCAACCCUGUCACCAUAUGACUUUUUCUACAACAAAAGUAUAGGCUCGGCUUACCUCUGCUGUUACGACUACACGGAGAUUGUCUUGAAGGAGCUUGUGGGUGUGCUCAUGGGUAUUUACACGGCACAAGGUUGCAUCCCGGGGGAAAAGAAAUUUAUUGUCGAUAAGAAUAAGAAGAGACGAUUGAUACUGAGCCCAGGAAAACUGCCAGAAAGGCCGCGUCGAUACUUACCACCAAAGAGAAAAUGGCUUGUGGAUGACUUUGACUGUCAUAGAGAUUGGCGUGGUCUACUAAAACUAUUCAAAGCCAACCAGCCAAACUUCAGUGAGUCGACCUUCAGAUUGCUUGUAUCCUUUCUUCAUUCAACAUCUGCCACCCAGCGUCAUUUCGUCAUAAGAAACUCCAGUUUGAACAUUCUUUACGGUGUCGUGAUUACGUGGGUACAAGACCUAGGGUCCAAAGAAUACCGAGACGAAGAGAAAACGGGAAGCAUAGUGUACUUGUUGGUCGACAAGAGUAAGCGUUUGCAACUGAUAGGUAAGAAUCUCCAUUUGCGUGCUAUGCGUUACUUACUAAAGGAGCAAGGUUGCCUGUUAGUCAAUUUGGGCUGCCUGUUUCCGAUGCCUGUUUUCUUUGACGAAGGAUUUGAAGAAAGAAAUCUGUCUUUCCUUAACAACGUUGGCUGGGACAUCAACGAACAAUCAAAGCUGUGGCCCGCUCAUGUCAUGGUGCUCAACGAGUUAUCCUCGUGGUCAGUACCUCAAAAGAUCUUCCGGGAGUUGAUGAUAGUGGGUGUACGAUUCGACAUCUGUCUGCAGAUGGAGAAACUUCAAGAAUUGGUUCUGCGAGCGACAGAAAGCGAUACUCAAGAGAAAGGUCUGCCCGCAUCUACAUCAACUGCCAACUCGCCAGAUGCGAAUCCCACAGUGACAGAUGUCAGGACACACAAUCGGUGGUUGAGAGAACUCUAUCAUGAGGCAAUGCAUUGCAAUGACACCAACUCUGCGUUUGAAGCCAAGAUCAUCAUUGCCCUCGAACCAAGCAACCAGAAUGUUAUUGGAGGUAUCGUUCUUUUUACGAACAGAAGUAAUCUUGCAAAAUACUAUCCUUUCAUCGAGGAGGCGUGUCUUGGUACUGGAAGUUACAAAAAAGAGGCUUUAGUGGGAGGUAUUGUCGGCCCGGUAAUUGAUCCGAGCUACUCUAACCUCACGGAAAUCUUCAAAUUUGGUCUUAUUUGUUCCGCGGUGACGUAUUUGAAAUCGAAUUACUGCGACGCCAAUUCUGUUACAAGUAUGAACUCAUGCAUGAUGGUCGAAGUCAUGGAGGGUAAAGCUUUCACGGGAAUCAAGGCUAUAGGCUUUGAGCCGUGGAAACAGUACCACCAAUACUAUGAUAGACAACGGGAAGAUGAGGUUAUUCUAGGCGAUUCAAAUUAA